CUGUUCCCUCUCACUCUCGGCACCUAUCAUCAUGAGUUCGCGAUUGCAAAACUGGUGGCUCCCCGAUGAGGGUAUUGCCCGCAUCGUCAUCCAAGCCGCCAUCCAGCAAUACUUGGGACCCGAUGCUCUCGUAAAGCGAGGGGAAAAUGAGGGUAAAUCAGGCUAUUGGAUUACGGGCCCUCGAAUGCUCACAGCGGUAUGUCUCUUCCCUAAUCUGUGAUGGCACCUUGUAGCUCUCAAAAACCACUUAUUGAAAGCAAAUAGGAAGAGAUUCAAGAUAUGAAGCUUGAUACGCAAAGAUGGGAACAAAUGCAUGAAGAAAGUAGCCGCAUGGACAACCUUCAUAAAGG